UUUGAGUUGAUACCGAAAAUGGCGGCAUUUACUAUUCGGAGUGGACGUAAAAGAAAGUUUGAUGCAGAUUGUUCGGACGAAGAAAAUCCAGAGACUGUAGGUGACAAUAGUAUAACGGCAUGGAAGAAAGCCUUCAGAACUUUUUCCUGUCAAAGGCAAUUGAAACUUCCUAUGAAGAGAACUUUGCUGGUACACUGGAACAACUUGACAGAAGGUUUUCUGGUUCGAGAAUCUAAGGAAAUAUUAUUCAGAGCCCUAGAGAGUGAGAGGAAGAUGUGCUACUCUGGGGAUAUGUUUGAUAGCUGGAUUUAUUUUAGUCCAAUUGAAAUGAAAAGAAAGGAAUGCUACAUCAAGAAUAAAGACAUGAAAGAGGUUACUGAUGAAAACAGUCUAUCAGAGAUUCAUCACCUGACAAUGGCAUUUAAGGCAGCACAGCUCGAACAGUUGCCGGACUCCUACACAGAAAGGUUGGAUGUACAGGCAGAAUCAGGACAUUUACUGAGUGGUAGUCAAGCAGAUAAUUCACCUGUCCACCCUUCUCAAAUGGCAUAUUUGUAUUGGGAGGCCAAAGCACAAGGAUUUAGUGAUCUUAGGGGAAAACUUUUUGCAGUAGCAUUCUUAAAAUUUUUGUUCACAGGAAUAGGAGAUGUAAAUGUUUCCUAUUCUACUACAGGAUGUGAAUCUUACCUUAACUGCUGGGGCUACAUCCAAGAUGGUCCAACUGAAAGUUCAUCAGAGUGUUCAUACAGUGCUGAUCAGAAUCCAUUAUUGUCAACAUCAAAGGAUAAAUAUAGAUCAGUGUUGAAAAAUUCCAAAAACAUUGCAUUCGACUUGAAAGCCAAUUCUAGGAAAGCCACAUCGGAUGUUUGUGUGUCAAUAGGUGACAAUUUAGUUCUGAUAGCAGAGAUAGCCAAUGUCAGUGACAUUGAGUGUAAGAGAAUCCAUCAGCUUCAUACUAAUAUGUUGUUAAGUUUGAACAAACAUAAGACUCUCUUUGGACUGUUAAUACAAGGACAUCAGGUUUAUCUAGCAGAGUACACAUUUGAUCAAGCAGGAGGCUAUAAGAGAGAGUUCAGUCAAAAGGCAUUCAAGUACCAGAGAGAGGACCUAAAGCUGCUGUAUUCUUACUUGCAGACACAUUUUAUGUCAAAAUAAGAAUUUAUUGAAAUGAUGAAAAAUCCUGGUUUUAAGUUAUUGCAGUGUUAACAAAUUGAUCAGUUGUACAUACAUUUAUAUAAUUUCAUGUGAAACUUGUGCACAUUCAUAUUCAAUUUCAUACAAAUCACUAGUCUUCUGGAUAUGAUGGUGUUUGUCUUUGUUAUGUUUCCAGUACAAUAGGAAGGUAUAGUAUAUUGAUUUUGUGAAGCAAUAAACUUUUAUUUAUGAGAA